AUGGCUUAUGCAGAUGACCAAAACGCAGAGAAUUAUGCAGAAACAUUGGACCAGAGUCUUAUAAGAUAUGGUAGUCUUUGUAUAUUAGUUAAUUAUAAAGAAAGCAUAGUACUCGGCUUGCAUGAAAGAAAUUCUAGGGUCCUUCUUAGCAUUCACAUCCAAAACAAUAUUCUACAUUCUUUCAUAAUCAACAACUUGAAAGCUAGUAAACCAUAUGUCAGUAGGUUCCUUCUUAGCACUCACAUCCACUUUGAAAGUUGCACCACAUACCUAGAACAGAAAGAUGGUUUUAUGGCAGAACAAUUUCCUCCUCCUUCCUCACUACUAAACACAGUCUCAGUAAGUUUGUCAAUUUGGGGCGAGCCUGUCAACAAAUCAACAUUCAUAUCCUUAACACGAGAGUUAGUCAAUAAAUCAGAAUUCAUAUCCUUAACACGAGGAGGAUGUGUUUCAGCAGCAACAGUCUACUAUUCAGCAGCAGAAUUCAUAAAUCAGAAUUCAUAUCCUUAA